AUGAUUGAACAAAAUUACCUUUGUGCUGGAAAUCAUUAAGGUGCAUAAAUAAUAAUGGUCUCUUUUGAUCCAGCAUUAAAAAGAAAUUAAAGAUUGCUUUGUCAAAAAUGUCUUGAUGAUCUUCAAUUACCAACUAAAGUUGAAGGAUUCUAGAAAACUCUUGACUCUAUUCAAGAUAUGUAUCUAAAUAGAGUCAAUUAAUAGCAAUUCUUAAUAGACAAGAUGAUAACAUUUAUUGAACCCUUAUAAAUAGAAUUCUAAUCUAUAAGAGAUAACCUUUUGAAAAGUUUAGAUGCCCUUAUUAAAGUAGUGACUGAUUGGAAAAUGUAAUAUUAAUAAAUUUCUAAGACCAAAAUAGUUUAUAAUUUCUUAGAUGAAUUAGAAUCAUUAGUAUAUAGAUAAUAGCAUUAUAAAUAAUAAGAGAUAUUAGAGCGAAUAAAUAAAAUGAAUCGAACUUAUACAAAAACUAUUAUAAACCAAUUACUCAUAUUAAAAGAAGAUCCAUUUAAAGAGAUAGAAUUAAAAUUAUAAAACUGUGAAAAAAUGAUAAGUAAUCUAUUUCAAAAUUAUGAUAAUCAAACUAGAACUAAUACAAAUAAUAACAUUUCUAUAAAAUUGAAGAAGAUUAGUAAGAUAGAGUCAGAAAAAGGAAUAUCACACAUUAUUUUUGAUUAGACUGGAUAGAUGAUGAUUUCAACUAAUUAAGGUAAAGUUGGAGUGUGGAAUUUUAAUUAAGGUAAUUUAUAAUUUCAAACUUCAUUUAUUGCUCAUAAUUCAGAAAUUAAGUGUGCUAUUCUAAUAUCCAAUUUAAAUUAUUACAUUAUCACUGCUGCAGAUAAAACAAUUAAAAUUUUUUAAAGAAAUAAUGAAAUUUAUUGGAAAUGCAUUUAUGAAUUUUAAAAACUAAAAAAUUCUAUUGGUUGUAUGAUUAUUAAUGGAAAUCAAAACAAUUUGUUUACAAGUAGUGAAAAUAUUAUAAGUGUUUGGAGACUUAAUUUUUAAUAAAACUAAAUGUUAACUUGUUAAUAAUUAUUGGAAUAACAUAAAUGGGCAAUAAAUGCUAUGAGUUUAAAUAAAUCUGAAAAUAAAUUAGUAUCAUGUAGUAAAGAUAAAAAAAUUAUUGUUUGGGGUUUAAAUAAAAAUAAUCAAUGGGAAUACAAACAUGAUGUUAGAUAAUCAAUUUUAGAAUGUGGAAAUGCUUUAUAUUUUCUUAAAGAUUCUUAAUUUAUUUGGGUAUCAGGGGAAAUGUAUGGUUUAGAUUGUAUUUAUGUAUAUGAAGAAUAGAGUGAGUAAUUUUAAGAGGUGUUAAAUAAGACUAUUAAAUUACCUAAAAAUCAAAAUGAGGUCUCUAUAUCUCCAAUAGUUUAUAUAGAUCAAUAGAAGAAGAUAAUCUUAAUUUCAUAGAAGAAUAGUAUCUAUUUAUUAAGAGAAAAGAGUGAUGGAAAUCUUUGCAUAGAAACACAAAUUCUUAGAGCCAUAUAGAGUCAUUAAUAAUCAUAAAGUUUAACUUAAGAUGGAAAAUACUUAGUUUAUAGUUAUUAUAAUAAUAAAGAUGAUCGAAAUUAUUUUUCAGUUAAUGAGAUCAUAUAAACUUCUUAUUGA